CUGUGUGCUGUGCUUCUCCAAUAUUUUUGAAAUAUUUUCUUGCAUGAAUGGGAAUACAGAAGCAUGGAUAUCGAUAAAAUUUGUCGUCUUUGCUGCAAAACUAAGUGCAAACUGUACUCAAUUCAUGAAGCGUAUGGUGAUUAUUCGCUGAAGGAACUAUUUAGUGAUAUUCUACGAAUAGAGGUCGCGUCCGACGAUGAGUUACCGCAAAAUAUUUGUAGAUUAUGUCAAUCUACAUUGACUAAAAUGCACGAAACAAUUGAAGCUUUCCGUGAAAACGAUCGAAUGCUACGAUUACAGAAUAUUGGAGGUAUGAUAGAGGUGGACAUUAAGGAAGAGAUUAUUGAUAUCGAUGAAAUAGAACAAAAUAACAUCGCCCAAGAACUGCAAGUUGACGUUAUCGAAGAGGAAAUAAUGUCCAUCGAAGAGAACGUAAAAUAUGAGGUCGAAGCAUGUAAUUUACCACUAUACGAUGAAAAUAUUGAAGAAUGGCUUCAUUCAGAUUGUGAGAAUGAGCCUGAAAUCGACAGGAUUGCCGAAACACAUCCCACGGAAAAAAGCCGUUCAAAGAAAACAAGAAAAAGGACAGUGUUCUCCCAGAAACGAAUUCGCUCGCAGCAAUCACAAAAAGGCACUACAAAUAUUCCCAGAAGGCGUAAUCGGGGUCACCGCCGGUUGCCCGAAUUUAAAUGUUACAUCUGUCAGAGUGACUCACUGGGCACAGCGGAGGCUUUGCUUGCACAUCUCAAUGCUCACAUAGAUAAAGUACCAUACACUUGUACUGAAUGCGUCAUGGAAACUGUUGUCAUAAGCAAGGUAACGACACUAAACAUUCAUUUGCGGAUGCAUAAGAACCCAUAUAAGUGUCCGCACUGUGAUCGAAGAUAUCACAGCGAGCAUGCUAUCGACACCCAUGUACAGAUGUACCACCUGGGCGACAAUGCUCCCUGUCCAUCGCCUUGUGAGCAAUGUGGUAAGAUUUGUGCAUCGAAAUUAUCUCUUAAACGACACCAGAGAUUGCACACAAGUGGAGCUACUUGCGAAUUGUGUGGUAAACUGUUUAUAGGUAGGAAUAAACUUCAGCGGCAUAUCGAACGAAAACAUCAAAAACUAAAGAAAUAUGAAUGUCAUUUAUGUAAAAAGAAAUUGUGCUCCUUAGACUCGGUUCAAGUACAUAUCAAAACGAUGCAUUCAACAAUGGAAGUAAAAUGCGAUUACUGCGGCAAGAGUUACCCCUCGGAAAAUUCUCUUCGAUAUCAUCUGAACAAACAUGAGAAGGAUCCGAAUAGCAAGUUUUCAUAUGAUUGGAAAGAAUACUAUACAUAUGUUGAAGCUGAAGUAGGUUCGAAACCGGAGAGUAGAUUAAAAAAAUGCAAUUUAUGCGGAACUGUCGUCAAGGCCAUUUCCCCUCAUAUGCUCACGGUGCACUUCCCCAAAGAAUAUCGGUGCGAGUUGUGCGAUGCAGUUUUCAAACGAAAAACUUUAUUUAAUAUUCAUAUGUUCGAACAUGAACAUGGCAAAGCUUAUAAAUGCCCAAUUUGUGGCAAAGAAUAUUCUGAGAAAAAAAAUUUGCUAUCGCAUUUGAAAACCAAAAAACACCGGGAUCAUCCAUUAGCUAAAUCUCUUGACUGGCUGGACGCAAAACGAGCACCGAACACUAAAGUUCAAGUCAUAAGAAACGAUUUGGAAAGUUAAGAGUAUGCAUGGGAUAACUCGAUGUCAACAGAUAACUAUUGAGUGGUCACCGAUGUGAACACUAAUGUUAUGUAGCGUUAACUAUACAUUUAAUAAAAUUUAACUGCUAAACGUUUCAAUGAAUAAACA